CAGCAUGGCGACCAUGGAUGUAUAUGGCGACCUCCAUUCGAUCAAGUAACCGGAAAACCAUUUAGUUCAAUGAAUGCUCAGGACAUCACCUUUGGGUAAUAAUCUGGUCAUAAUCUGGGAUAAUGGUGCAAAUACCAUUUAGUGGAUUAAUGUUCACGCACAGACUAGUGAGAAUUUGCACAUCCAGCCAAAGGCAUGUCAGACAAAGGGACAUACUCGUAAAACUGAGAAAAAGUAGAUGUGAGAGAAGAACUUUUUCAACUGCUCCUGUGAAAUUCAAUGAGAAUGAGAACUCCCAGUUCACAUCUAGACAAGCACCCCUGGCUAGGAGGAGGAGACCGCUGUCCCCUCUGGAGAGAGUCAGUGACCUGCUGCCUCAGGAUGCUCUGAACCCAGAGGUGAUGCAGCUGAGAGAGCAGCAGCAGGAGGGACCAGCUGCUGUAGAUACCCCCACUGCACACUACACACAUGAGCAAAGUGGACAUUCUGAGACAACUGCAGUAGAAGAGAUCACACUCAAAGACAGUGAGACUCCAGAAAGGUGGACAUCAUCAUCAUCUGCCACUCUCCCAGGGGAGAACUUGCUUGUAUUUGGAGAGCUGCUCAUCGCCGAGUAUCGAAGGAUAAGGGACGUGGAGUUCAGAAAAAUGUUCACGCUUCAGAAAGGGUCUCGUCUGCAGAGCAGCUGGGGGUUUAUUCCACAUGACAACAUGGCCGGGCAUUCAGCGGGUAAGUUCCUGAGGACGAACCUGGGUGUUCCCAUCCUGGUACGGCGUGCAAGUCUGGAGGAUUAUGUGCUGUAUAUGAGGAGGGGACCUGCUAUCGCCUAUCCAAAGGAUGCAGCAGCCAUGCUGAUGAUGAUGGAUGUGACAGAGGGUGACUGUGUGCUAGAGUCAGGUUCUGGAUCAGGGGCCAUGUCUUUGAUCCUGUCCCGAGCAGUUGGAUCUAAGGGCAGCGUGCUGAGCGUGGAGGUCAGGGAGGAUCAUCUCAAGAGAACCAUGUUGAACUAUAACCGCUGGAGGACAUCAUGGAGUCUGCGACGGGGAGAGGAGUGGCCUGACAACGUUCAGUUUCACAACGCGGACCUGUGCACCUCUUCCUCGCUCCUCACUGGUUGGGGAUUCAACUCGAUUGCUCUUGACAUGAUAAACCCUCACCUGGUUUUACCCACUGUGAUUCCACAUCUGCACCCGGGAGCUGUAUGUGCCGUCUACCUUGCCAAUAUAACACAGGUCACUGACUUGCUGGACGGUGUCCGAUGUUUGGCGCUGCCACUGCUGUGUGAAAAGAUCAUCGAGGUUCCAGUUCGACACUGGUUGGUGGCUCCAGCCGUGCAGAAGGACGGGCAGUACUGCGUCCGGAAAGUUCCAAGUCUGGAUGAAGAUCACAGUGAAGACGAGAAGGAGGAGAAAGAGGCAGCAUAUGAAACAAACAAAGUUGGAAUAUAUGCUUCAGAAGAGUUGAGCGCACAUGGACAUCCACCAUUCGGGAGCAUUCCUUACAUUGCCAGACCUCACCCUGAACAAAUGAGCCACUCAGCCUUCCUGGUGAAACUGAGGAAGUAUGUUCAGUAGCAGCUCAAGCCUUAAAGGAACCCUGGAUAUAUCAAAUGUGUAGAAUACAGUAUUGUUUUCCUGCUGUAAAUAAUAUGGGAAAUAAAACAAAAACCUGAUGUUGCAAUAUCAAUAGCAAUGUGUGUUUAAGUUAAAUAAUAACGUAGUAAAAUAGUAAAGAAACAAAUCACAAACUAAUUCAAGUAUAACCAUUUAUUGAAAACUCAUGAGGCAGUGUUCUAUCAUUUCACAGGCACAACAGCAAUAUUAAUAAAACACACCUAGUAGAAUCCCCAGUUAAGUGACAGAUUAUAAAGACAUGCAUCCAUCAGUGACAGUCAAAAUUAAAAGUAAUUAUUUACUAUUUUACCAUUUGAAUUAGUGGUUGUCCAAAAAAAAUAAAGCACUUCAGUGAAUAAAUAUAUAAAUAUUACACAAAUAGCAAGACCAAACUUUACACCAAUACUCAUUUGCAUAUGAUAUAAAUGUAACAGCAUUUCUUUUUCUCCAUCAGAUUUCAUGUGUGACGUAACAUUAGCUCAUGCUUGUGUGAACCGUGAACAGUGAUGGAUGAAUCAGUCCCAUGUUGGCAAACAUGUUAACACAGAAAAAUAGUGUUAACACAACUGCUCUAUCAGCAUUAAUAGAAAACUGACAAGGUGAUGAAACUUUACUCCUCAUUGAUCCAGUCCAUGGACGCGUCGUACGUGGAUUCAUGAGAUUCAUCUUCAAACAAAGAAGGGAGACAGAAAACUGGUGAAUAUUCCAACCUUGGUUUUCAUAGAAAUAUAAAGCCUCUAUUGUCAUAUUUUCAGUUAAUUCACUGUUAAUAUAAUAUACAUUUAAUAUAAACAGAUGAGCCACAAAGAAAUAAUUCAUAUUCCACAGGGAAACCACAGACCUGGCAACCCUGCCCUCACUAUACAGUUUGCUCAUAAGGAAAAUGAAAAUGUUAAUUUAAACAGGUUACAUCAUUAUCUAAUGCAAUUAUGUGUCUAUAUUUGAGAUAAAUACAUAUCUUGGGUGUAUUUUCCUACAUGUACAAAUAACACGUGUUGGUGGCAAAUUUUAUUUCAUUUAAUCCAAAUCUUUCCAUUUACUGCCCCCCUUCAUUAAGUCACACCUGACAAUAUUUAUUAAAUUCUGUUUUUUCACCUUU